AAAAACAUAAAUUUAUUUGGGAAAUUAAAAUGGGAGAAUUAAAAGAAAAAAGAGUUCAUUUAGACGAUACCGAGUUAUAUCAUUUUAAACUGGACGCCAAACAAUUUUCGCAAGGGCACGAUACUAUAUUAGUUUAUUCAAAAGACGGAGAAAAAUGGAAACCAAACUUUUUAGAAAAAAAAUUGAACCUUGGAGAUUUUAAGUUCCAGGACGAAAAAGGACGACAUUAUAAACGGGUUACUUUGCGAAAAACGGGAAGCAAUAGUGCUCGGGCUGACCGUCCGAAUAUGUUUUAUCCGAUUAAGGCACCCGAUGGAGAAGCAGUUUUCCCCAUGCGCCGAACGGCGCGGGGCGUUGAAGAUGAGGGUAGUGCCACAGCCAAAAAAGAAAUUAAAAAAUUGUUUCCGGAAAUUGAGCCAUUUCAAACCCCGAAACCCGAAAGCCUACUAAAAAGGAUUAUUGAGAUUGCCACUAAUGAAAGUGAUGUAGUUUUAGAUUAUUUUGCUGUUGAAAAAUCUAUGUUUGCUACUCAUUCCGGAAUAAUUUGUAUUGCCGACCAUGCCUUAAAUGGUAAACUAGCAAAAUUAGUUGCUACUCAAUUAGAAUAUGAUUAUCAGUCUGACAACGAACAUUUUUGUGGCAAAAAAGGAGAUGUUUUAUUAGCCGUAGUAGAUGGAAUGUUGACCGAGGGAUUACUUAAUUUUUUACUUAAUUCUAUGGAAGAAAAUAAAUUUUUAGAAAUUGCUGCUUUGGCUGUUGACCCAGAAUUAGAGAAUAAAAAAUUUAAUAAUGUUAAAAUUGAAAAAAGUAAAGAAGAAUUAGACAAAAGAGAAAAAGAAUUAAGGGAAAAAUUAGAAGAAACUAAGAAAAGAGAAAAAUCAGUGGAAAAUUGA